AUGGCCUCUACAUGCAUCUCAAACUGUAUUAACGACGCCCGUGUUCCGGUUAGAGCCACCUACGUGAACCUCUACAAGUGGCCGGAAUCAGACGCGGAGUUUGUACGAUCAGUGAGCUCUAACACCCACCGGAAUGGCCCAAGUGGCGGCGCUAGCGCCUACGGCCGUCCCCGGGUGGUGGACAGCAUCUCAUGCAGACAAUUGUACUUAAGAAGCUACACUUUCUCAAGGGAAGAAGAUCAUAAGGAUGAUGAGAAGACCAUAAAGUGCCUUGGAAGGGGAAAAGAGAAGCAGACAAUGGAUAAUAAAAGAAAAAGAAAGUCUCGUGGCCGUGGCGGCGAUCGCGGCAGCAGAAGUGAUGGCGGAAGGAGGAAAUGUAAAGGGUUUAGGAGGGUUAAGGCAGUAUCCUGUGCCGCCUUGGUGUCCAUUUUCCGGAGGUUGCUAUCUUGCACCACCGAGGUUGAUGUUGUCAAUUAA